AUGCGCGCUCUGCAAAGGGCUCUGUUAUCCUCUUCGUCCACAUCCACGUAAUUAUUGGAGCAUUUCCCGCCGUGGGUCUGUUUUCACUCGUCCUGCAGGAGAAAAUGUCCACUCACGUCCUCCUGGUGGCACUUUUCACCCUGCACCUUUCCACAGGUGAAAAAGAAAAAGUCCAGACCGUUUGUGUUGGGAACGAGUUUCGACUGCCGGUGGACUCGGACUCGAGAAUCGUGACUUUUGCGCCGAACGGCGAUGGGCCGAGACGGGUCCUGCUGGAGAACACCAGCGUGAAGGACCCUCGGUUCGAGUGGACCAAAGACAAGACAUUAGUCCUGAGAGACGUGACYCACAGUGAUCAGGGAGUUUAUGCCAACAAACUGUCCCACAGCUUCACAUAUGAGACAGUUUGUCUGAUUGUUGCAGAAUGCAUCAGAUCGUACCGUAAAAACUAUGGCGAGAGCUUUGAGCACGCUAUUCCCGAAAACGCGUCCCUGCUGGAGUUUUCUCCUCGGGGUGCCCCACCUGAGGCCAUGGCGAUCGUCCUGUGGAACCGGACCAACCCUGAAACGAGCGACGCGGGUCGGGGGCGGCUGCUGCGAGGGGGGAAGGCCUGGGUGGCGGAGAGAGUGACUCAAGCCGAUCAGGGCAACUACACGGUGAAGGACGAAGACGGGAACGUGCUGUCUCGUUGCACCCUCUCUGUUCGUGGGCACUCCUUCAAUAUCACACGCUUCACUAAGGAGUCUUUAGCGCUUCCCUUAUUUCUCCCUCUCCAUCACGCUCAUCUCAUUUUUACCCCUAGCCGAAUCCCAGACGAAUCUUCCCUGGGCCCCUUCGACCCCAGACCCCCCCAUGGCCGUGUACAGCUUCUUCACGAGGGCCGGAUCAUGGACUACGACCUGCGCUACAGAGGGAUCAUCUCGCUGAGCAGGAACGGCUCCGUCCACGAGGUCGUCAUCAUAAGGCUCUCGUCGAGACACGACGGGCUGUACGAGGUCCGAGACGGGGACGGAAAUCUGGUUUCCUCCACCUACCUGCACAUGAUCGAAAAAAAAGGGGGCACUUGGCGAGCGCUCUUCAAAUCCAUUUCUGUCCCGUCUGGUAUGUUUGUGUCUCUGGCUUGUUUCAUCUUGUUCAUGAAGCGCUACCCAAACUGCAGCCUGUCGCAGAUCUUCGCCGGCCUCAGGACAAACCGCACGCAACCAACCAACCCCCCCAGGGUUAACAUCCAGAAUUACACUCAGACCCAUCCUCACCCUCCAGCCUACUACAGCCACCCCGAGCAGCCUGCGACGCCAAGGAAAUGGACCCCUAGAACCAGUCCAGCUCACUCUUAUUUCCAGGGCUACUCUCCUGUUUUGAUGGGGACUCCGAGAUCUGAGAACCAAGAGCUACAAAGGCUCACAGCUGAUAGUUCCUCAAAUCAUAAUUUGGCCCCCCAGCAGGACAAAUCUAAUGAGGAAGAGGAAAAUAUUUCCUUUUCUGUCCCUGGAGCUUCAGACUGCCUCCACUCCUCGGCGGAUUGCAUCCAGUUCCAGAUCAAGAAAGACGGAGAUGAGGACAGGUGGAGCCAAUCAAAAGACUUUUUUUCCACGCUGCCGCUAGACACGGACACGUCUGAAUCCUGCAGCAUCUACACCUCACAGAAACUUGACUUUUUAUAAAAUAAAAACUGGAAUAAUGUAAAAAAAAAAGUAUGACAGAGUUACAGAAGAGGUUUUUAAAAUGACUAUAUGAAAAUGGACAACCUUGUGUGCUCGGCUUGCACAGUUAUAAUUGUUUGGUUUGUUUUGAUUUCUGAACCAUGAUUUAACCUUCAUGUCUCUUGUUGCACUGGAUAAUGGUGCUCAUGAAUUCUCCUGCUGUUACCUACCUCCAGACCCUCAGGACCAACGUGAUCUGCACUGUAUUUGCUGGGCGUCUCCAUAUUUUACUGGUGUUUUGUGAUCUCUAGGGCUACGUAAACAUCAGGGUAGUGGUACGGAAGUUGGCAAAAAAAGAAUCAUUAAAUACUUCAUGUCAUUAUUGCAUAAAGUGAACGGCUUACCCAUYAAGUGAAUCAUUUCUGACUGCUGAAAAAAAUGCAUAUAAGCGUCUGUUCUGCAAUUUAUGUAUUUUUGCAAAUGUAGUGUAUUUAUUCCUUAGACAAUUGUAAAAGAAAAAAUAAUAUGUAUCAACAAGUACUGCAAUAGCCUGCUAAACUUUCAGCUGUGUAUACCUUAUAAUAUCACUAAAUUUAUCUAUUAACAGAUACAUCUCUAAAAAAAAUAAAUUGUAUAUUUAACACCGA